UUCUUCUUCUUUUCUCCACAUUCCACGCGAUUGACUCGAGUCACCCGAACCCGACCAGAGACCGGGUCGUUCAGAUUCCGCACCCCCACCACGCCGACUCGCCAUUGGCCACCACCACGUCCUCCGCAGCCGACGCCAACUUUCCCCACUUCACCGAGAGGACGCAAGCAGCAAUGGCGACUCCACCGUCACCGAUCCUCCUGUGUCUCCUCCUCCUCGUCGCCUCCCCCUUUCUCCCACGUGCCGCAGCCGCGGCGGGUCCCGCGCCGCUGUCCUCCUCCUCUUUCGACGCCGGGCUGGCGAAGCUCCAGGCGCGGAUCGGCUACGCCUUCCGCGCGCCGGACCUCCUCCGCCGCGCCAUGACGCACGCCUCCUACUCCCGCGAGAACGGCCGCGCGCUCGCCGUCCUGGGCCUCGCCGCCGCCCAGUCCGCCGCGGUGCUCGGCGCCCUCGCCGCCGACAACGAUGCCGCGGCCUCCGUCGUGUCGCGCCGCGCCACCGAGGCGGCCUCCGAGGCCGCGUGCGCCGCCGCGGGGACGCACGUCGGGAUCCCGGCCAUCGUGCGCGUCGCCAGCCGGACCAGCGCGUCCGCGGCACCCGUCGUCUGCGGCGCGCUUCGGGCCCUCAUCGGCGCGGUCGCCGUCGACGCCAAUAGCACGGACGCCGCCGGGGACGUGUUCUGGAGGCUGCACGUGCUCGCUGCUGCAUCUGCUGCCACCGCCGCUAUCUGAGGCCUCCAGGCCGGGGUAGUUGCUGCUCAACUCUUCUGAUGUUCACCUGCCACUUUACUACUAGGCUCUCCUGGCAGCAUGCUAUGCUCCAUCCAGGAAUGUCCAUUUGGAUUUCUGGCAGUGGCAGCAAUAAAAUCUGAUGGAUCAUGGAACAUGAAUUUUCGUUUGAGACA